AUGUUGAAAGAGAAACCAGGAGAUAUUGAGAUGAGGCCACCAUUCAUAAGGAGGCCUGGAUCUGGACUGGUGCCUGGUUCUGUCCAGAGCGAUACGAAGGCCCCUCUAACUCCAGUAGAUGGUAAGGGAUCCAUUUAAUCUUCGUAUGAGUGCUCACCUAUUGUUCUAGACCAGGCAUAGGCAAACUAGGCCCUCCAGAUGUUUUGGGACUACAGCUCCCAUCAUCCCUAGUUAACAGUACCAGUGGUCAAGGAUGAUGGGAGUUGUAGUCCCAAAACAUCUGGAGGGCCAAGUUUGCCUAUGCCUGUUCUAGACCAGUAAUUUCAUCUACCGGGAUUCUUUAGAAGUUUAUCAAGGGAUUUCUCAAUGAGAAGGUCAGUCUUGGCAUGUCCUCUCUCUACCAUUGAUUGUCCCAUGCAAUGCACAGCUGCAGGGGAGGGGAAGCAUGUGAUUCAGUUCAGACUGCUCAGGCCUGAACAGUACACCUUUUAUAAGCAAUAAAUCACUCCCCAUAAUCCUCUGCAAUGCACACAAGUUCUGUGAGAGUUGUGCAGAGAAGUCAAUGUGAAAUUACCUGAAAAUAAAAAUAAAAAUUGAAAUACAUUGUUGUAGUCAAAGGAAGAAUAGUCUGAAGUUAUUAAGAUACCUGCAAGCUUUUGAGCAGCAGUGCAUCUAGGUAAUUUUAGGACCAGCCUUACAUUCCUCCUCUUUAAGUGUAACAUUAUUACUUUAUAAUUGUGAAGUAUGCAGUAUGAAUUUUGAGUAUCAUCAUCACAAGAUCUGGCUUAGUUUCCUUUUUGCAGCUGAAUUUGGGGAAUAGCCCCACUUUUGUCAUUAAGGAAAUACCUGCAGAAUAUGCCACCACCACCACCUAUUCAGUAUACCGCAAGCAAAAAAGGGGGGCUGCCUCCUACCCCCACUAUUCCACAUGGUGUAGCGCUUAAAGUUCCAGACUAGGAGACCCAAGAUAAAAAUGUAAUGGGGCAUUCAGUAGACUAGAGAGCAAUAGGUAAAGGUAAAGGGACCCUUGACCAUUAGGUCCAGUCGUGACCGACUCUGGGGUUGCGGCGCUCAUCUCGCUUUGCUGGCCGAGGGAGCCGGCAUACAGCUUCUGGGUCAUGUGGCCAGCAGUACUAAGCCGCUUCUGGUGAACCAGAGCAGCGCACGGAAACACCGUUCACCUUCCUGCCAGAGCGGUACCUAUUUAUCUACUUGCACUUUGAUGUGCUUUCGAACUGCUAGGUUGGCAGGAGCAGGGACCGAGCAACGGGAGCUCACCCCGUCACGGGGAUUCAAACUGCCGACCUUCUGAUCGGCAAGUCCUAGGCUCUGUGGUUUAACCCACAGCGCCACCCACGUCCCUCUAGAGAGAGCAAUGCACACACACAAAUCCAGGAAAGCAGGCACCCCCUGCUGCCCUCUCCAUGAUUUGACUGCUACAUUCCACUCCUGUUACACUACAGCAAAACAGGCACAGUUUUCCAACCUUGAUAAACAGGGUUUGUUGCUGAUGCUGGAGAGAUUGAGCAGGAGCUGCAGAAGUGCAACCAACUCUUCGGGCAGCACAUAGUUAAACAAUGGUACCUGGUCUCAUUAGGAGGCUAUGAUGGCUCCCAACUUGGGUGGUUUUAAAAGAUGACUGGACAAAUUCAGGGAGGGUAAGGCUGGCAAUGGCUGUUAGCUAUGAUGACUAUUCUCUUACCCCUCAUGGCCAGAACCAGUAAUGCUUCUGAAUACCAGUUGCUGGAAACCACAGUGGGGGAGAUUCCUACAGGCACCUGGUUGACCACUGUGAGAACAAGAUGUUGGUCUAGAUGGGCCAUUGGCCUGAUCCAGCAGGCUCUUUUAUGUUCUUAUUUCUCUUAAGUUAACUCCUAUGGGGAGCUGGCUCACCUCCCUGUGGCUUUGUGAUGUUCUCUGCAUGUGAAGAGUUGCAGACAGGCACGAUGAAGACACAGCAGCAAUAAACAGAGCAGGGAGGACUAUGUGUAGUGCUAGCAGCUGCCCAAGUGGCUGCUUCCUCCUGCUGCUCCUCAGCUGCAACAGGCCAGUGCUCAUGCGCAGCUCAGCAGCUGUGGCUGCAAGUUAUGAUUUGAAGCAGCUGGUGGUAGGAGUGUUGCAGGCACUCAUCAUUUGCUGCUGGGUGGGCAAAACAAAAGGUUUGUUGUGUGACAACGGCCAAUGGGAGCGCUAGGAGGUGAAAGCAGGGACCCCACUAUGCUAAGGGUUGGGUGGGGGCCUUAGAAUUGGGACCACGUGUUUGUAGGUAGCAGUGCCUUUGCUCUUGUGAAUUUAAUUUGGCAGAGUCUGCAACAUCACAAUAGGUACCGUAUUUUUCGCUCCAUAAGACGUACUUUUUUCCUCCUAAAAAGUAAGGGGGAAAGUGUGUGCGUCUUACGGAGCGAAUGCAGGCUAUGCAGCUAUCACUGAAGCCAGCACAGCAAGAGGGAGAGCUGUGCAGCGCCUCUUGUUGUGCUGCCUUCCCAGUGAAGCAGGAGGAGGGACAGAAGUGAGCCCUUAUGGAGCCGCUUCCGUCCCUCAUCCUUCUUCGCUGGGAAGGCAGCACAACAGCCUCAGAGAUAGCUGCGCAGCUUGCUCUGGCUUUUCAGGGAGGUGGGAGAAGGGAUGGAGGGCAACCCAUCAGUCCCUUCUCCCACCUCCCGGAAAAGCCAGCAAGAGCCGCUCUAUCUUUAAAGAGCCGCGCCAAGUGAGUGUGUCUGCGGCUCUUGCUGGCUUUUCUUGUUUUCCUCCUCUAAAAACUAGGUGCCUCUUAUGGUUGGGUGCAUCUUACAGAGCAAAAAAUACGAUGUAAUCAUUGUCAGCCCUUCUGGGGAGGUAUAUGCAGUGUUAGGUGGAGUUUUCUAUUAAUGGAAGGUAGGUAAUGUUGGUGUGUAGAACAACCUUUGCCAACCUGGUUCUCUCUAGAUGUUUUGGAUGACAGCUCCCAGCAUUGUUAAUCAUUGGCCAGGAUCCUCCCUUCGUAGAAACCUGAAGCAUUAUACAUACCGUGCUUUACAUAUUGUUUCUCACCGUCUUCUCCUUCGUGUUUUUCUUUUGCUCCCAAAUCCCUAUAUCACUAUUGAAGUGUUGCUAUUUAGACAGAAGAGAGCCCAGUGUGUACAUGCCCGAAGUGACAGGGUUCAUAGUGAGGCAGCUGCCUGAUAAUAGGUUUCAAAAAACAAAUUUUAAUGUAAAUGCAAGUCCAGGUGGCCCUGCACGUAUCUGGACUAGGACUGCUGCUAGAGCAAACUAGGUCCAUGCUGAUUUCAUUAUCAUGCACUGCCCUAUUUCACCUUUCUUAGCAGGAAUCUGCAGAGAAGAAAUACUUAAAACUUACAGGGAACAAUAUGCUGCAAAAUGCAUUGGAUUUUAACAGUUUGGCUUCUGCAGGCAAAACAUUACAGAGCAACAUGUUUAGGUACAAUGUUGACCAUUUAAGAAAGGUAUUCCCACCCUCCAAAUAGUUUCUUUCUCUUUAAUAUCUGUUCACAAAUCAAGUGUUUUCUUAGCUUGUUGCCAGCAGUCAAACAUUUUCUAAUGAAUCUUCCAAUAUACUUAUGCCAUAUUUUUCAAAUUGUGCCUGUGAUUGCUCUUGGCUUCUAUCUUCAGUGGUUGUCGGGCAGUAGCAAUGCUUCGUAUUCUCGGCUUAGUUUUCCUUAAGAUGUCAGUCUCCUCUAACAAGAAGCUUAUCUUCAGGAGGUAUUCCUAGCAUCCUAGUGACUGCCCAGUGUGAGAAACAACACACUUCACAGAAUGCAGACCAUUUCUCUAUCUUUGCUUUAUUUAAUAAACCAGAAAGAUCUGCCAAAUGUCUUUCAGUGGACUCUGGAGUGGGGCUGCUGGCCAUUCAUUUUCUCCUGUUGAAUUUCUUUCCCCCUUAUUUUCAUUUUGCUUGAGAUUACGACUGUGCUUUCCUAUAGACUGUGAAACCUAGGGAAGGGAACUGGGGAGAUAAGACAUGAUAGAAUGAAAGAAAAGAAAAUGAGUUGAAAACAAAUGAAACUGAAAUGGAAAGGUUUUAUCAACAGGUUUUUUUUAUUCAGCAGUCUAGGUUUUCGCUGGAUUGAACCCAAUUGCAGGGAGGGAGGGGAAAGCCCACCAGACAGCAAUAUUAAACUUACAUGGUGCUUUAUACUGAGCUCAUAAUUGACCUGUUCAAUUGUACGCUAUAGGCGUUUAAAAUAGGCUAUGUAAAUAUCUAAGGAUCUCAGACUGGGAUCUCUGGUCCUCAGGACAUAAUCUCUGUGCCAUUGUGGUAGCUUCUCAUUGGAGGGAGCACCUGGUAGUAGUAGGAGGAGGAAGAAGAAGAAGAAGAAGAAGAAGAAGAAGAAGAAGAGGAAGAAUUCCCCAGCCAUCUAGCUGGGUUUCCCCAGCUACUCUGGGCGGCUUCCAGCACAUAUAUACAGGACUGCCUUCAGAUGUCUUCUAAAAGUUGUGUAGUUCUGCUUGACAUUCUGAUGGGAGGGUGUUCCAUGGGGAGGGCGCCAGUGCCAAGAAGGGCCUCUGUCUGGUUCCCUGUAACUUUGCUUCUUGCAGUGAAGGAACCACCAGAAGACCCUUGGAGGUGGACCUCAGUAUCCAGGCACUGGAUGGGGGGUGGAGAUGCUCCUUCAGGUAUGCUCUCUGCUCUGCUUAAACACCACCACUGCCAAUGGCCAGAUGGUGGCAUUUCAGCUACCAGCUCCAUAAAGGCAAGAUUAUCCUAAUACUCCUUCUAAUUCUAGGAUUAGAAGAUCUUCAGUCUGAGCAACCUGUCACUCAGGUACAGACUGAGCUGCUCUCCAGCCAUCCAUUCCCACUUAUCUGCUGGCUGCUUUGAUGGCCUGUCUACUUGACUGCUCUCCUGUCUGUUUCCCAACUUGCCUACUGACCUGCAAUCUGCUUACCUCCAGACCUUAAUGCAUAGAACAGACAAAUCCUUGUUGGCCACUAUGAGAACAGGAUGCUGGACUAGACGGGUCUUUGGCCUGAUCCAGCAGGUGUUUCUUAUGUCUGAUCAGAAUCAAGUACAGUGGUGCCUCGCAAGACGAAAUUAAUCCGUUCCGCGAGUGUCUUCGUCUAGCGGUUUUUUCGUCUUGCGAAGCAACCCUAUUAGCGGCUUAACGGAUUAGCGCUAUUAGCGGUUUAGCGGCUAUUAAAGGCUUAUCGGAUUAGCGGAUUAGCUGCUAAAAGGCUAUUAAAGGCUUAGCAGCUUAGAUAAAGGGGGGGAAAGCGGGAAAAAAAUCUCAAGACUCGCAAGACAUUUUCGUCUUGCGAAGCAAGCCCAUAGGGAAAUUCGUCCUGCGAAGCAACUCAAAAACGGAAAACCCUUUCGUCUAGCGGGUUUUCCGUCUUGCGAGGCAUUCGUCUUGCGGGGCACCACUAUAUACACUUCUAGAGUUAAUGCUAAAUACAUUACUUCUGGUAAAUGAGCCAUCAUAGCUGCUACAGGGCCAUGAGAAUUUGUGUCCUGGGCGUUUUAGACUCAUCUACCCAUAUACUAUCUAAAACCAAAGGGGUCCAUCGGUUGCCAGAUGUGAAAUAUAUUGGCAUUAUUUUCAGCUCACCUGCCCCACUAUGCCAUUACAGAUGUACCGUGGCGUUUCUUUUUAAAAAAUAUUUCAUUUUCAUUUUUUAACAAUGUUCUUAUACAUUUAAAUCAUUUUCAGUUUUUGCACAUCUGAGAUUACUUUAAUCCCCGGACUUCCCCCCACCGUCCCCUGGUUUCCAAUAUUUAUCUGUUGUUUCUGUUGCAUCUAAUUACAUUUUUCAAAUUCAUUUUGUAUCCUUUUUUAACUUUAGUCUUAUUACAUUAUAAGUGUUAUAACAAUCCUGCCAACUUUUUAAAUAUCUACAGUGAGCUUUACUGUACUCUAUACAUUUUUCUCACUCUUUACUACAAAAAUUAUAAUCUUGGUGUCUGCUCUUCGUGGUCAUCUUUGCCAUUUCGGCAUAGUCCAUCAUCUUGGUUAUCCAAUCUUCAUUGGUUGGGACUUUCUCUUCCUUCCACUUCUGGGCAAAAAGCAUUCGUCCACCAUGGGGUUUCUCAUGGCACAACGCACUUGGUUUUUCAACAGAGUUUACCCCAGACUUGCAAAUAGCAGCUCACCCAAGUCAAGUAAAGAAAAGGUUGCUUCUGACCAGUGACAGACGUUUUGCAAAAUACAGUUCUUUCUACCUGCCUCACAGCGUUUAGGCCACAGAUGUCUAAAGUAGAUAAGUUUAGGCUUGUGGGUCAUUAGUGUCUGUGAUUAUAUUUGCAAGCUUGAUUGCACCAUGGGGUGCUUUUAUAUAGAAGUAUGUAAUUAUGGCUGUUAAUGUAAAUGUUUCAUUCAUUUAAAUGUUAUCCCACCAUGUCUCAAAUGAAUAGGGCUCAUUAUAGUAAUUUUUUUAAAGCAUUUAAAAUAUAUAUAUAUAUAUAUAUAAAAGUGGCACAAAUCACCCAAAGUAACAAAAAGAUAAACAACUCAUUCUGGGUUUGUCUACCAGGAAUAUAUUAUUAUUAUUAUUAUUAUUAACAUUUAUAAGUGCCUACAAUGUUUAUGGGUGCUGUGCAUAUUUUACAAGAUAAGGCAGUCCUUCCCUGCAGGAUCAGUCCCUCCAAGUGUCCCUAUUUUCCAGGGACAGUCCCAGAUUUACAGAAGCUGUCCCAGUUUCUGAUUUGAUCCCAGAAUGUCCAGCUUUUCCUUAGGCUGUCCCUAUUUUAAUGUAAUGUUGGAAGCUAUGGUAGGAUGUCCCUAUUUUCAUUGGAGAAGUCCAGUUGCAGACGACUCUGAGGUUGCGGCGCUCAUCUCGCUUUAUAGGCCGAGGGAGCCGGCAUUUGUCCGCAGACACUUUUCCCGGGUCAUGUGGCCAGCAUGACUUAGCCGCUUCUGGCGAACCAGAGCAGCGCAUGGAAACACCAUUUACCUUCCUGCCAGAGCGGUACCUAUUUAUCUACUUGCACUGUGUGCUUUCGAACUGCUAGGUUGGCAGGAGCAGGGACCGAGCAACGGCAGCUCACCCCAUCGUGGGGAUUCAAACCGCCGACCUUCUGAUUGGCAAGCCCAAGAGGCUCAGUGGUUAAGACCACAGCGCUACCCGUGUCCCAUAUUAUGGAAUAGGACAUCCCUAUUUGCAUUGGAGAAAUGUUGGAGGAUAUGGAGAUGAUGCAAAAGAGUGAAAAAAGAAUGGGGAGGGAAGAGGAAAGCGAGAAUUGGGGCAGCUGCACCUUAACUGGCUGACAGAUGGGACUAGGUUGGUCUCCUCCUUGCCGUUAUAUUUUUCUCGGGAGGUAGGAGGUGCAGCCUUUGAAAUGGCUCAAGAUCACGUGGAUGGUGGCAGAAGCCAGUGUGUGCCUUCUUUGGCUUAGUUGCCACCCCCCCCCAACUUGUGGGUUUGAUGAAGGGGUUGUGAGGCAGUGUACGUAUUCUGGGUAGAAAAGGAAGAUGGGCCUAAGUCCCUUGAAUUAUAUAAGGAGCACUAUGAAUCCCAGAAAUGAAUUCAGCUCUCUUAUGUUCAGCUAUUUAUUUAUUUCCUAAUAUUUUUAUAAGGGACACGGGUGGUGCUGUGGGUUAAACCACAGAGCUUGGGACUUGUCGAUCAGAAGGUCGGCGGUUCGAAUCCCUGCGACGGGGUGAGCUCACGUUGCUCCGUCCCUGCUCCUGCCAACCUAGGAGUUCAAAAGCACGUCAAAGUGCAAGUAGAUAAAUAGGUAUCACUCUGGCGGGAAGGUAAACGGCAUUUCCGUGCGCUGCUCUGGUUCGCAAGAAACGGCUUAGUCCUGCUGGCCACAUGACCCGGAAGCUGUACGCCGGUUCCCUCGGCCAAUAAAGCAAGAUGAGCGCCGCAACCCCAGAGUCGGCCACGACUGGACCUAAUGGUCAGGGGUCCCUUUACCUUUUUUAAUAUUUAUAUACUGCUUGAUUGUAAUCCCCCCCAAAGAAACCUCCAAGUGGUUUACAAACAGAAUAAACCAAUGAAAAACAACAAUUUUAAAGAUUUUUUUUGUAAGUUCAAAAGUGGAAGUGGAUAUGUUUUUUAAAAUAAUUUGUGUGCGGUGUUCUCAUUUCACAAAAGAGGAGGGGAGGGGAGAUAGUGACCACCCCAAGCUCAUGCAGACUUAUUUACGUAACAAGAAACAAUGGGUUACUUUUCAUUCUGGACUGGGUAAAAAUGCUCUCAGUCUAUUACCUAUAUUUUGGCACUGUUGGCUAUCUCUUUUCAGAUUCCUCCGCUUACUUUUGUUUACUUUAUGUAUUUUUCAUUUCCAAUAUCUUUUAAUAUUUUCUCCUUUGAAAACAUCUGUUAAUAACACAUUCAGAAGUCUGUUGUUUGAUUUUCUUUGUAGAAAUCUCUGCUUUUUCUCAUCUUGCCUCAGAUGUCAUCUUCCAUUUAUGUUCUUUGGGGGUCAUUGAUAAACUCAUUUCCUUUACUCUGUCCACAUCUGACAUACAUCAGAACAAAACACAGCUAAAACUCUCAUUUGAACAGACAGAAGAUCCAAUAUAAUUCAGAAAACAUUUAUUUACAUUUUGUAUUGUAGCAUAAACAAAUGAGAUCAGGGUGCUUGUGUUAAAAGACAAGCCACUGACAUAUUUAUUUCCUGAUAUUGAUGAAGAUUAGGUCAUAAAAAUAUAAAUUAUUAUUAUAAAUGUAAAUUAGCUUGGAUAUAUCAUUAGAUAUUAAAUUAUAUUUCAGCAACAAAAAAUAGCUGUCCUUUCCAGCUAAGCAGGAGCCUGCAUAUACAAGAUAGGUCAGCCCCACCAAGCAGUUGGCUAUCUGGUAGUGAGUAGCUGGGUUAAUGCUGAAUGGUUGUUUAGCAAGUACCACAGUGAGCAGCACCUGGCUCCAAAUAUAAUCGGGGCAAGCAUGUUGGUGGCUGAAAACUGUAGCGCUUAAACUGAAAUUAUAGGAAGAUUUGUCAGGGCUGGGAGUCAGGCGUAGGUCGCCAACAAAGCAAUAAUGCACCCGAGGUCAGUGAAGUUAACUCUUUAUUCAGGGAAACAAACCACAACUCAGCCUAGUGGUUUCCAGGAGAUCUUACCACGAUGAAGCAGUUGCCAGUGGCAUAGCGUGGGGGGUGCAGGGGGGGCCGGCCGCACCGGGCGCAACAUCUGGGGGGGGGGCGCGCUCGCACUCGCAGCUCUCUGCCCCUACCUGGCUCACUCACUCUCUCUCACUGCAGUGCUGGCUGUGAGAAUCCGAUCCGAGCCUCUGGGUCACCGCCCACUGUGGAGGGGGUGGGUGCCAGGCGUGCGGUGCGGAGAGAGAGCGAGGGACUAUCUGGGGGAGGGACAGUGCAGCGGCCGCCCAGCGCAGCGCUGAGCGCGGGAGAGAACCACACCAGACCAGCCCAGGCAGCAGCAAGAAGCUGGCAGUGGCGGCAGGUUAGGGGUUAGGGGGCGCAAAUUACUUGCCUUGCCCUGGGUUAGGGGGCGCAAAUUACUUGCCUUGCCCCGGGUGCUGACAACCCACGCUACGCCGCUGGCAGUUGCAGUAGGACUCCUCCUUUCCAGGGUCUUUCCCACACAGUCUCAGGCUUCAUUUGUGCACAACAACCCUCUACUCUUCCCGUUUCAUUUCUCUGUGUGUUCUAGGAGACCAGAAGGGAGGGGAGCUGGUCACAGCAGGAUAGCGAGACUCCCUGGAUUCUGCUCAGAGUCUGAAGUGUGCUCUGCUGCAGCUUCUUCCUGAUCACUAAACCCUGUUACCUCUUCUGCUUCUGUCACCUCCUCCUCCUCCCUGUCUGCUCCUUCCCCCUCUGAUGACUCAUCAUUGUCCCACCACCAACCCACUGGCUCUGAGCCUUCUUCCCCUGGGGAUUCCUUGGCUGGUGCCUCCCACACUCCUCCACAUCCAGCCAGUCCAUGACAGUUUUAAAACAUGGCAAUCUCCUCUGAGCUGCUCCUUGUGAUGCUCCUUGUCUCUUCAAGUUGGGAACUUCUGAGUGGAGAGUUUUAAGGCAAUUUUGUCGGCUGGUGCACAUUGCAUUUUGAUUGGUUCAUUGUAGAUAUUUGAACCACCUGUCAUGUUUGGAGACUGUAGGAAGCUCCAUCUGGGAAUUUGUGUCAGGUAGAAUGAUAAGAUGUGGGAUUCCAAUGAGAGCCCUCUGUUUCAUGGCCAGUAUUGGAUAAGGCUUCACAGGGAUGGGCCAUGAAACUCUUGAGAUCUCCCCACUGCCUCCCCCACCCUCCAGUUAAGCCCUUUAUAUGACUGGGUAAGUCAAAUUGAUAUUGCUGCAUCAUAAUUCAAUGGUGGUGAUUUAUUCACAGUCUCUGCUUCUUUUGGGGACACCUAGUAGAAAAAUAGCUUUGGUCCUUUUAUUUUUUCAGCAGACUGCAUGUUUCUUAUAUGUAAUUAUAUUGAUGUUCCCUCUAUUUUUACUUUACAAAAACUACAUUAUGGUUGACUGAGUGUAAUCAUAAUUUAUUUCUAUAGUUAAGCAGCUUUAGUACAGCAUAAGUUGAUUUUGUUAGGAAGUCUUGAUAUAGGGUUUGUAAUGGGGAGGGGAGGGAGAGACCACUAAUGUGAUAAAAUAAAUACUUUUUUUGUCCUCGGGAUACAGGCCUUCCUGGAUAAGCCAUAUUGGUCUGGGAAAAGUUUCGCCACUAAUUUAUCCCAAAUCAAUUGUUUCAGUAGGGCAAGACAUGUCCAGUGAGAAAAGUGAUCUAAUUACUGAUUCAUAUAAGAAGAUAAUCCCAUGAAUUAGUAACAUUGAAACUAUUCAAUAAACACAUUUGAAUAAGAGGAGAGAGAGAGAAAAACAUUACCAAGGCUAUAUUUAUGAAUACAGAUUAGCACAGAAUAAUGUAGUCGAGACUUCAUAGAUAAUUAAAUAGCUCCUACUGAGGACUGGAGCAGAGACUACAAUGCUUUGUUUCUCUUUUCCUUGCACAUACCAUCAGACUUUUCAUAAGUAAUCAAGUUUCUCCUCCCUCCCUCCCUCCCUUCCCAAGAAAUAUUUAUUCAGGAUGUUCUGAGGGACCUGAAGAAACAUCACGUGGAUGUAGAUAAGUUGAGCCCGCUAGAGCUGGACGAGAUGGCAGAUAUCAUUGCUGAUGCCAUUCAAGCUGUUGAUGUAGAUGAAGAAAAGAAGAAUGCCGCUGGGAAGGUUGGAGGAGAGGCAGAAGAGAAGAGAGUGGAUGCCGAAGGAAAAGAUGAUUAUGAGAUGGGAUUAAUGAGCGCCGGUUACCCUUUACAAGGUACAAUAUCCACCAUGGCAGCUUUCCUUUCCUUUCUAAAGGAAUUCAGUCUUAAAACAGCCUUGCACAAAGAUGCCAAGAGGAGGAACUUACCUGCUCACUUGUCCCACUGCCGGCUCACUGCCCUAUUCUCCCUGCUGCUUGCUAGCUCCCCUCCACUUAUCAUCGCCUUACCAUUAGCUUCCCAGACCAAGAUAUUUUGCUGCCUGAGGUGAAGACAAGAUGGUUCCUCCCUGGCACAUUCCACAUACUGAAGUCAAACAGCCUGGCUGCCAAAUCUUACUUCAGCACUAGUGACAUGACAGCAGCCAACACCACAGCAAGCUAGUUUAUGGGAUGGGGACAGGUUGUGUAACCCACAAUUCUGCCCUCCAACAGAUGAGAGUGGUCCCGGGAGCAGGGGGUUAGGAGGAACACCCAGGGGGCUUCCACUGCUGCCCCACAGCAUCUGUUCCCUGAGGAGGUUAUGCCACUUUGCCCAAUAGUAGGGCCGUUCGUGUAGCUUCCCUUUCCUCCUGCCAUGAUUAUAUUGUGUUCAGAGGGUGGGAUGAGUGCUAUUUACUCAAUCCCAACUUGCUGUGGGCAAUUAGGUGAGUGCAGGUUGCUCCAUGAUUUAAAGGAGGAGAUAGCUGUUUGGGGAAUGUAAUUCCCACACAUCUACCUCCCCAUUAAAAUUGCAAACUGCUGUCUCUAUGCAGCUAUUAUCAAUAUGAGGGCAGUAAACAUUCUUGGAUUGGGAGUACUGUGGGGGUAGGUUAAAGCCUGCUCCCCAGUGUUUCCUAUUUACACAAUAUUACUGUUGCUAUUAGCAGUGUGGGAACAGUACACUCUUCCUGGACACCCAGCUGAUGGCUGAUUGUAGGAAAAGGGGACUGGGGCUUCCUGGGCUUUGGAGUCAUGUGUGUUGCCCACCCUUGUCCUAAGGAACAAACUGAUGCAAUUAACUCAUUCCGCCACUGCCACCUUAAGAUACAGCUGCAUUUUCAUGAUGCUUAAUUGUUCACUUGGUUAACUGAUAGCACUGUUGUAAACAAUUUAGAUGCACCUCGUGAACAGGGCCGCAUUUAGGUUUGAUGAGGCCCUAAGCUACUGAAGGUAAUGGGGCCCUUUAUAUGUCCAUCUGUCCUUUGUCAACAACAAAUUGCCACUGUUUUUUGUGUUGACUAUAUGCUAUAUGGUAAUUUAUGGACCCAAUAGGUAUCUAAAGCCAUUUGCACAUAACAAAAUAUGUAUUUUAUCAAAGUAAUUGUUGAUAUGAAAUAGAAUUAAGAAGAAGUAUAUUUGGGGGGGGGGCAAGAGAGUGGGGCCCUAAGCUAUAGCUUGUUUAGCUUAUAUGUAAAUCCAGCAUUGCUCAUGAAUCAGGCACUGCAUUUAAGUGACCUGCUAAAAUAAUUAGCCAUCAGUAUCUAUUGCAGGAGUUUGAACUAAAUUACCCUCAUGGUACCUUCCAACUCUACGGUUCUAUGAUUCUAUGACCCAUUCAGGAAAAGUAGGGCAGACAUGGUACUAAUUUGUUUUGGAGAACUCAUAGUUUUGAGGCCUGAUUAAAAAAAAUGUACCAUCCAGUAAGAGUGGCCUGUGUGUUCCCAAAUUCAGUUUCCUCGUCCCACUCUCACACAGGUAAUUAGUCCUCUUAUUAAGCCUUUACAGCACCUCGUGUUCAUUGAUCAAAUAGGUGCAUGCAGAUGCAUGUGACAGGAAACAUGUAAGCAGCACAUUGAUUUACAUGUGGACCAUUUAAAAGUGUCCGAGUUUAUUGCUGUGGAUAAAAAUGAGAUGUGAACAGCUCCAUUGUUAGGUCAUUUUGUGACUCAUGUGAAAGAUGCACAAAAAUCUGUUUUUCAUGCUUAUAAGCCUCACAAAGGCUUCCUGUUCCUAUCCUAAAACAGGCAAUUUGGUAUCCCGUAUUUACCUCUGAGUAGUCACAAUAACCGAGAAACCAUUAUUUUGAAGUGCCUACUUUAUUAAAAUAAAGGAUUAGAUGAGCACAUGAAAUCCAUUUUUCCCUGAAAAGUGCCUGAAACGUAAAUUUGUUGCCUUUCUGCAUUUAUUACUGUAGCCAUUAUUUCUAUGCUAGCAGAAAACAUGGUAUUGAUUUUUUUUUUUAAGGCAUUGGUAAACAGAGGUAAAUUCGUCGCCAUACUAUUGAACUAAUUAAUAUAAUGCACUCUUACAGUCCUGCUUCCAUUGAUCUUCCAUUAGCAAGCUGUCCAAAUGGAGUCAAAGUGACAAACCUGAUCUAUGCUUUUACUUUCGCCUUUCAGCGGCAACAUCUUAAUGUUUAAUGUACAGUAAAUAACACCACAAUCUAUAGAAAAGCAAAGCCAGUACAGCAGUGUCUGCAUUACACACGUAAUGUUCUAUAAUGUCCCACAACACAUGCUUGUUCAAUGUUCCCACAGAUGAAGGGGCACAGAAUGAAGAUGCCAGGACUAAAAAUGAGGUAAAUUGCAUGUUUAAAUAUAAAUAUCGACAAUCCAUCGCACCAAAUGCUCGCCAUACGAGAGAUGCUAAAUAUAAUGUAAUAAAAAUAAUUGAGGUUCAGUUUACAACACAGUGACAACAAUGGAACACAGACGGAGGUGCACUUGAAACCAUCAGUGGAUUUCAGACAGUGGGAGUGGGGGCGUUAGCAGCAGCUAGCAGGGGGAAAUUUCUGUUUUGUCACUCGCCAGUAUUGCUCCUUCACCCCCCCCAAUCAGUGAAUGCCACCCCCCUCCAAUUCACCACCUGUGAAUGCACCAGCAAAAUUCAGAGUAGCAUUUUCAUUCACCUCUAAAAACCCAUAUGAGAUACGUGUGCUAUAGAUGCCUCAGCUAAUUUGCCAGUUUGUUCCUUUAUUAAAUUUAUAUGCUGCCCAUGGUGGCAAAAACAUAAGGCAUGGAAAUGCCGUUUACCUUCCUGUCACAGCGGUACCUAUUUAUCUACUUGCACUGGUGUGCUUUCGAACAGCUAGGUUGGCAGCACCUGGGACAGAGCAAUGGGAGCUCACUCCCGUUGGUGGGGAUUCGAACCGCCAAUCUUCCGCUCAGGAAGCCCAAGAGCCGCGGUGGUUUAGACCACAGCGCCACCCACGUCCCUAUUGUACUGCUCUUAACACCACCUAACAAGGCGCAUGGGAAUGGAACUUCACAGCAGAUUUUAAUAGAAUUUCAAGUCAUGUUUCUAAAACACAAAGCAGAAGAAGAAUCCAGAAUUUGGUCUUAGACAGUUCCCCCCUCCAAAGAGUUAAGAAUUUAGACUAAGUGAUGGGGCUGUUUCUACAUCUCAAGGCUAGCUGAUUUGAAAGACCCAGAAUUUGAAAUCAUAACUUGGUGGAAAGACUUGGUGGCCUCAUGCCACUGUCAGCAGGAAGACUUGAACUGAGUCAAACAGGGAUGUCUAGGGCUGCUUCGUGUAACAUAAGGCUGGGCAAAAAGAAAUUAAUGAUAAUGCUUUAGGUUUAGACAUACUUCAGUGCUUCCAAAAGAGGAAGCCUCUUGAGAUCAGUCAAAUUUAAGAAGAGAAAAGCAGUUUCGGGGAAAAUACAGGCAACAUUUUCUAAGCUGCAAUCUAAGAGCUGUCAAAAGUUGCACCCCAGGCUAAAGUGAUUUCUAGUUUUCAUCUUUCAUAAGUGGACAACAGUGUCUACUCAUGUAUUUAGUAUAGCUUCAGGAUUCUAUUAGUUUUGUGCCCUUAAAUUUCACAUAGAUACCCCAUUAAUGUGUGUUCAAAAUUGUUAUGAAUGACACUGUUUGUUUUUGUUUUUGUAAUACAGGAGAACCAUUUGAGUAAAAACCUACUUGAUUUCCUGAAUGAGGAUAUCGCAACUGAAAAUCUUCUUAGGGAGCCUAUGUCCAAAGAAUCUUUUAAAUCAGAAAUGAAGAAGUCGGAGGAUUUAGAUCUCUCCUCCUCUUCCUCCGAGGAAGUGAAGGUUGGGGUUGAAAAUGUGAAGAGCGAAACAUUCUCCAGGGAGUUGAUAGCUGAAAAGAAAGCUGAGUCGGAACCUAACUCUCAAGAGCUGACUGAGCUUCAUCACUGGAUUAAGAAUACUUUGAUUCAGGAUAAAACUGUCUAUGAAGAAACUAAAAAAAAAAUGGGAGAAGGUCUUCAGCUGGAUGCCAAGCCUUCUAAGGAGGAUGAAUAUGGAUACAUUGUGACAGAGAAAGAGUAAGUAUAAAUUUGUGUGUGUGUGUGUUUGUGUGUGUGCAUAUAUGUGUGUUUAAAAUAUAGUAAAGGUAAAGGGACCCCUGACCAUUAGGUCCAGUUGUGACUGACUCUGGGGUUGUGGCGCUCAUCUCGCUUUAUUGGCCGAGGAAGCCGGCAUACAGCUUCCGGGUCAUGUGGCCAGCAUGACAAAGCCGCUUCUGGUGAACCAGAGCAGCGCACGGAAAUGCCGUUUACCUUCCCGCCAGAGCGGUACCUAUUUAUCUACUUGCACUUUUGACGUGCUUUCGAACUGCUAGGUUGGCAGGAACAGGGACCGAGCAAUGGGAGCUCACCCCCUUGCGGAGAUUCAAACCACCGACCUUCUGAUCGGCAAGUGCUAGGCUCUGUGGUUUAACCCACAGCGCCACCCGUGUCCCUGUUUAAAAUAUAGAAUGGUUAAAAUAGGUUAUUUGUGAAUACUGAAAUAUUUAUUUAAUUUUUCGAAUGUAUGUGUCCCCAGGUCUGCUAGACACCCAAGCAGCUCACAGUAACAUCCAAGAAACCAUGUCUGUAGUUCAGAAUACUAGAACAGCAAAUAAUGUAAAACCUGCAGCAUCCAUUUCAAAGCUAAGAAUAAAAUUUAAAAUGACCUUAUCAGUGCGAUAUCUUUUAAAAGCUUUUUUUUUAAGUCACCCAAAUGCUUUUUUGUUAGCUACUAUCUCCCUGAACUGCUUUGACAGAAAAGCCAGAGCUUCCACAUUUCCUGUGAAAAUACAUAAAAUGAAGGCCAUUUAUCUACUUCUCACACUGUCCUUUGGUGGCCUUGUGGACUGCAGAGUACAUUAGUAGCAGUAUUAAUGGUUUUACAGAUGUGCUCUUUGAAUAUUAGGCUUCACAGUGCAAAAUAUGAUGAAUGUUGUACAUUAGGAUUCUUGGCCCAAUUUUCCUGUGGUAAAUAUUGGAAGCAGCACUGCUGUUGUAGGCGAGACAAAUGCUAAAAUCAAAUGCGUACUUAGGAGUAAACUCUACUGAACUCAUCAAGGCUUUCUUGUUGCCGAACAUAUCUAGGAUUGGGCUGUGUGCAUCUCUUCAUUUAAGCAGUUGAGCCCUAGUCAGUGUGGUGCUGAUAUAGUUUAUGCUGGGAACAUUCUUCUGUUUAUAGGCAGAUAGGUUGUGGAAUUUGAGUUUGCUUAUUGUACCUUAGCUUCCAGAAACACUGCCUGAACAAUUUAAUACAUGCUGCUGUGCUCUGUAAUGUAAGGCUGCUGGGGGAAAGGGACCCCGGAACAGAUAGUUGUCACCAGGAUAUUUUAAGUAAACCACUGAGCUUGUCCAAGUUUUUCCUCAGUCCUUUAAAAAAGAAAAGAAAAGAAAACUUCUGGGUGUGUUAAUAAUGCCCUGUUUACCUUCUGAGCAGAAAACCUAGACUCAUAGAAUUGUAGAGUUGGAAAGGGACCACGUUUCCCUGUAAUGCUCAAACCCACAACCCUUAGAUUAAGAAUACUGUGCUCUACAGACUGAGCUAUCCAAUCCAUGAAGGAUUGGAAACAUAUGGUUUUUUCUAACUAUGGUGGAGAGCCAGUACACCUGUGGACCUCCUGAUGGUGCUGAUCCACAACUCCUAUGAUUCUGCCCACAGACCAUGCUUCGUGAAGUAGAUGGGAGCUGAAGUCCAACAACAACUCGAGAGCUGGAGGUUCCCUAUUCCUUUGAAAGGGGUGUGCUGAAUACACUUAACAGCAACAACUUAUAUUUAUUUAGCUCAUUUUUCUGUAGGUUCAUAUAAUGAUUGACCCCCUGCUUUUCACCAGAAAGAAAUGUGUAGACACCCCUCCAUACAUUUCAGAGUUGUACACUAAAUCAUAGAAUUUGUAGAGUUGGAAGGGAACCACAAGGGUCAUCUCAUCCAGCUCCCUACAAUGCAGGAAUAUUUUGCCCAAGGUGGGGUUCGAAUCCACAACCUUGAGAUUAAGAGUUUCAUGCCCCCUGCCAGCUGAGCUAUCCCAGCUGCUACUGUAUGUUCUAAAUCUAAGCACAAAGUAGCCUUAAGUAACGUGGAUUUGAAGAGGGCGUGCUUUGACUGGCAAGUAAAAUAAUGGAGGGAGAUGAUAACAGAGUAGAUUAUGGGGCCAAGUGGUCUGUCGUGGUCCAGUUGCUCUUUCUUAUAUGCGGAAAGGAGCGGUGUGAUAGAAAGAAGCAAAGAAGGAUGGUGGUAGAGCCUAGAGCACAGGCAGCUGGAAGAGAAGUUGUAAGGUUAAGUUACAUUCAAUAGUUAGUGUCAGUUUGGAAAAGGACCUUAAGAUUAAAUAGAGAGUGGAGAGAGAGAGGUUUGCAGCAUAGAGGCCCGGAGCAAGCAAAGCUUAUUCCUUUAUUAUCAAGACCAAUUCCCCAGCUGAAAUUUAGUAGAGGUUUAAUUUCUCUGAAUUAUGGAAAUAUAUGUAACAUAGACUCUCUUGACAUUUUCAUAGUUCAAGGAUGUCAGAGCUAUGCAGUUGUAAGCAAGUUUUUUUUUCUUUUAAAACGAAAACACAGCUCGCGAGAGAUAAAGAAAGCAAUAGAACACAACUAAAAAUGACACCUGGAGUCCAAAGCUUUUUUUUUAUUUUUAAUACCGUUUAUUCCUAUAAUCACCUCUUGCUUUAUUGAAACUGUACAUUGUGGUUGCUGCUUGUCAGAAUUUUAUUAGCAGAAGUGGUUAUAAUAAAGGAACAAAAUCCUUUCAGCAGAAACGAACCCUCUGUUGGUAAAAGGGGUCUUGCAUAUUCAUGCACAGAGGUUAAUAGCUUGGAGUUCUUUUUCACUUUGCGAUUUCAGAUGUAACUGGGGGCAGGGGGGAUUGCACUCAGCAGUAUGGUUAGAAAGAUGUCAGAGGUGAUUCAUUCACACUUGGAUUCUCAGUGUGUGUGUUUUUGUUGGCUCCAGAGCCUUGAUCCAAGGAAACUGCUUCGCUGUACUGCGAAGACCAGGUAUUUUAAUUGUGUCAUAGAGCAGAGUGAAAUAUUUUCCUCAAAAGUUCCCAAAGAAAUGAUUUGUGAUAGUUUUGAAGAUUUGUCAAAAUGGCAGCCUGCUUGUCAGUACAGUGGUACCUUGGGUUACAGACGCUUCAGGUUACAGACUCCGCUAACCCAGAAAUAGUACCUCGGGUUAAGAACUUUGCUUCAGGAUGAGAACAGAAAUCGCGCGGUGGCAGUGCAGCAACAGCGGGAAGCCCCAUUAGCUAAAGUGGUGUCUCAGGUUAAGAACAGUUUCAGGUUAAGAACGGACCUCCAGAACGAAUUAAGUUCUUAACCCGAGGUACCACUGUAGUUAGAACAAAUAGGUCACUCCUGCUUUUUGUUGAGUGACCUUUCAGUGACCUGUACUGAUCCAUAGUAAGCGCUGGUGCUAAUCUUAGGGGUGAGUUAACAGUUUCAGUAUAGACAUUUGUCUGGCAAAUCCUCUCAGGUGCUGCUUCAGCAUUUUAUUUUGGGUAGAAAGUGUUCAAAAUGGAUAACUUCCCUGUAUGCUGGUCCUUCCUGAAGAAUUUGACCUCAGUCCAUGAUAUGGAUGCCACACCCAUCCCCUAUAGUAAAUCCAAAAGCGUACAAGUUAAAUGUGCAUAAGUUAUUCUUCAUAACUUUCCUUCCAGAAGAGCUAGAGACUUUUUUUAAAAAAAUAAAUAAAUGAAAGCUCAGAGCUUGGCACCAGUAAAGGCCCUAAUGGGCACUGGGAUGGAAAUACUCAUCCUAAUUGACUAGCCUCCACUGACGUGUUGGGGACUGGCUGGCUGGAUGAUGAGGAGUGGUUGGACGCAGCAGCCGGGGAACCCUCAAGGGAAACCCCAGAAGAAGAAGGCUCAGAGCCCUGGGAUUGGUGGUGGAACACUGAGGAGAGGUCAGAGGGAGAAGUGUAGGAAGAGUUGUUGGAUGCUGAAGGGGCAACAGGAUUUUGUGAGGAGGGAGAGUCUGUGACAGGGAGCAUUUCCAACUCAGAGGAUGAAGCAGAGGAGUGGGGACAAGAGCCUUCAGAAUAAUACAGGGAGCCUGCCUCUCCUUGAUUCUCUCCAAGAACAAGCAGAGUGAUGCAUCGAGCAGAACAGAUAUUAGAGCUGCCCAGACACAGUUUGAGACUGCUUGGGAAACAUCUGAGAAAGGAGGAGCCUUAGAGGGAGCUGGAGGCGGAGAUCGUCAGUCCUGGCAACUGCUCUAUAGGGGCAAGACUUACUGGGAAGUGUUGCUGAGCUGUAUGCUGUUUCUUUGAAUAACUCCUCUGACAAACUGCUUCUUGCUUGCUGACCCAUGUUUGACUCCAGCCCUGACAAGGAGUUAAGGAAAGGAAGAGUGGUAACAACACGACAAACUGAAAUAUUAAAAUUCAACAAUGGCAAUUCAUCGUUUGUAGCCAUGUACCAAAGGUAUCCUCUCAGUCAGCAAUGUAUAUUAAUAACUUGGGGUAGGCAGGCUAAUGCCACUCGUACGGCACAUAUCUGUACUUAUUCUAGGGGCAUCACUGGCAGAAAGGCCUUGGAAAAUAGGGGUAGAAAAGGCAGGGGCAUAUGAAAGGAGAAGGCAAAAGCUCAAUAAAGGAAAUGGGUCAAGGAAGUGCAAAGAGAAAGACUGGAGGAAGGUGAUACAGGUCAAUGAGGGAAAGGGUGAAGACUGGGGUGAGGAAGGAAAGAGAAAAUUGAUACAGAGGGGAGAAGCACAUGAUCAGGAGGCUGCAGAAGCAAAGAAGGUUGAAGGUCACACGUUGAUUCUACGAAACCUUUGACUACACAUCUCUUGUUUUCCAGGAAUCAGCAGAGAUAUCUACUUAGAGCUAUAUAAUAUUUUCUGGCUAAAUAAAUCCUGGCUGUGUUUUACGAGUGGGAAAAUAAAGUCACUUAAAAAACCCACACACACAAAUCCACACCUAUUACAGAGCCAAAGAAGCAGCAACGAAACCUUAUAUAACCAUUGGAGAGGAAUUUCAUUCUGUAGCAUGUAGUAGGAAGAGCUCAUAUAUUUCUGAAUUUCUUGGGAAAGGAUGGGAUUCGCUUCAACCUCAACACUUUGCAGAAUCUUUGCAAAGCUUUUGGGGAAAUUGGAAGUUAUAGACUUACAGGUUCCAAUCCCGUAGUGAACCUCCCAAAGCCCAAAAAUAAUUGAUUCAAAUUUCCCCACUUUUUGUGUAUUUAUCUAGCUCAUACCCCACCCUUCCAAAGUAGAAGGAGCCAUUGGUUAUAAAACCAUCAUAAAAAACCUCACUAUCAAAGAGGUUUAAAAAUUAAUAACAUUUACACUCACCAGGUCUAUAUGCUUUCACCAUCUGUUGCAUCCGUAGGCAUUUAAGAGAUUGCAGAUGGUCCUGCUUCCUUCCAGUGCUAUUCAUGCUUUUGUUGCUCCAAAGCACACAACUCUCUACAGCCUUAUUUUACUCUUGCCUCUGAUCCUCUUCCCAUUGUGCUGGGUGACUCCAGAUUAAGUUAAAGGAAGCAAAUGGUUCCAGGGAGUCUCUUUUUUUUGGCCACCCCCCACCCUGUUCGAUUGUGGGUGGUCAACAACCAUCCUGUGUGCCCAAUGCUUAUGAGAUUAAUUUGGAAUAAAUUGCUUUGCAGAUUGCAGAGCAGUUUUAAUCCAUAAUAGGAAAUGGAUUACUAAGAACUAUAUUGUAUGUGUUCUAAAAAAAGUAAAAAAGUUUUGUUUGUGGAAGAAAUGUUUCCUAAUACUUUACUACUGCUCUGCCGUAGCGGCAUGUGGUGAACCAGGCAUCAAACUAUAUGAUCCCCCAGAUACAAGAAGCUGGCAGUUAAAACUCCCUCAAUCUUCAUUUCUUCCUAGUGGUGAUAGCUGUAUAACACUGUUUUAAGGAUCAGUGCGCAUGAUUGACCUGAACACUAUUCUCCUCUUCUGCUGGUAGUAAAUUUCUGCUUGUGUGUAUGAGGUUAUCCAACUUGUCAGGGGCACCAUCUACUGGGGGAGGAGGCCAGGAGCCAAGGGUCCCCCAAAUUUUCAAGGGAGUGGCUUGGAGCCCCUCAAAAUCCCAUGGUGGCUGUGCACACGGCAUGUGUGCAUGUUGUGUGACAAGGUAUGUCACGUGCGCCCACUGUGUGGCAUGCGCAAGUGAUGUCAGCAAAUAAAACGGCAUGUGCACACAGUUGGUGCCUGCCCCCUCGAUUGUGGAGGCAGGUCAGCGCACUUGCAACUUGUUUUUCACAAGCAGAAUCAGCGGUUUUGUGUAAGUUGGUGCUUGAAGAGUUCCCUUUCAUUAAGUUUGCAAAUUCUACUACCCCUUGAUUCCCCUCCCCCUUCUAGCUAAAGAGCACCACCUCCCCACCCUGUAUCUUCUUAAGUGUGGCUCACAAAAGGAAAGGGAAAUGUCCCUCUUCAACCACCGAUUACAGUUUAGCCCACAAUAAUUUAAGUCGGGAUACAAAAAUGGCAAACAAAUGAGAUUUGGCAUCAGGGUGGAUAUUGAGAGCAGAUGUCAUGAUCAGAGUACUUCUGUGUGCUGGAGUAUGAAAAGCAAUGACAAACCUAGACAGCAUCUUAAAAAGCAGAGACAUCACCUUGCCAACAAAGGUCUGUGUAGUUAAAGCUAUGGUUUUCCCAGUAGGGAUGUAUAGAAGUGAGAGCUGGACCAUAAAGAAGACUGAUCGCCAAAGAAUUGAUGCUUUUGAAUUAUGGUGCUGGAGGAGACUCUUGAGAGUCCCAUGGACUGCAAGAAGAUCAAACCUAUCCAUUCUUAAGGAAAUCAGCCCUGAGUGCUCACUGGAAGGACAGAUCCUGAAGCUGAGGCUCCAAUGCUUUGGCCACCUCAUGAGAAGAGAAGACUCCCUGGAAAAGACCCUGAUGUUGGGAAAGAUGGAUGGCACAAGGAGAAGGGGACGACAGAGGACGAGAUGGUUGGAUAGUGUUCUUGAAGCUACCAGCAUGAGUUUGACCAAACUGCGGGAAGCAGUGGAAGACAGGAGUGCCUGGUGUGCUCUGGUCCAUGGGGUCAUGAAGAGUUGGACACGACUAAACAACAACAAAAUGUAUGAAUGUUUUCCAUUUAAUAUGGAAACGCUGCUGAAGUGUCGUAUAACUCACAGGCAAAGGCAAAUUCUGAUAAGGAAGCACUCUCUUAUUGCCUCUGUUGUGGGUGGAGCCAGCAUGUAUUUGAAAUGAGACCCACCCCCCUACUAAAGCCUUAUUUGGUGUCACAUUUCCAUAAUAGCCCCUGUGAACAGAUCCCUUCUUCACUCCUACAUUCCUGUUACCUUUCUCAUGAUAUGUAAUUUCCAUUGACCUUCAUAGUCUGACCACCGAAAUUGAUUUUUGCAAAGUGUCAUCUGCUUUAUAAAUUGGUCUGGACUUGAAUCUGUCUUGAGUUAAAAGGUUUAAAUUUCACACCUAUUUGCGGUGGGGAAGGAAGAGAAGGAAGGUAGGUGCGCAAAAUGUGGCAAGCAGAAAUUUGCUGUCUUGUCAAAACAGAAGUAAGCUUAUGAAUGUUCAGUAGCUAAUAAAGCCUUAGAGGAAACAAGGCUGGGGGAAAUGGAUUGGAGCCAGAUGAAGUUAAAUUGCAGUGUUCUUAAUAAUCGUUACCACAGGCUUGUUUGAGCUCUCAGGUAACAGAACUCUGCAGGAUCCAUUCCUGCCACAACAUGGCUACGAAGCACAAAUCCUGUUUACACGUGGGUUGCUGCAUGCAAUAAUUCUUCUACAUUUUAAUUUUAAAUGAUUCAAGAUUUAGUUAGAGUUCAAGUUGCAAGGCUGUAUUCUAUACAGGCAAAAGGUAUCCAUUUGUAUAUGGAGAGAUAUGGGGCUGUUGUUCAGUGCUAGAAAUUGUGUUUUGCAUGCAAAAGGUUUCAGGUUCAAAUCCCGGGCAUUGGGUCCAACCCAAUUUGUGUGUGACAUAUACCAGAAAGAGUAACACAAUGCAAGUGGGGAAGGGAAGUCUCACUGUGGUUGGCUGCUCAACUUUACGCUUCAUUCUUCCUUUGCAAAGCAAGUAUGGCCCAGAGUAGAAAACAUUCCAAAUUAGCUCUCAACAAUGGCUUGUACAGUGGCAUUCGCUUGAAGAGAGAUCUUACAAAAGCAAAUAUUGAGUAAGACAAGUCUGCCGAUUGCACCUAGGGAAAUCCCACUAAGUCUGUUCUCUCCAAGUUGUAAGUUCACUUCUUGGCAAAACAUAUUGUUGUUUUUGUUUUGGGGAAAGUAAAUUUCCACAAAGGGCAAAGUUUUGUUAUGACUUACAGACUGGUUCUUAAUGAUAAGAGAGAGAGAGAGAGAGAGAGAGAGUCAUCAUGUAUGAAAGGCUACUUCUCAGAGCAUGAAUAAGUGCCCAGCGAGUUACCCCAAGGGUAUGUGGAGGAUUUAAAAUUCCACGUGGAUUUAAAUACAUUGACGGAUUAAGAAGCACAAUGGCUGAUGAAUUCCAGGGUAAUGGAUUGGUAGAAGACAGCUCUUAUAUUUUGAAAAUAUAAGGUCUGAGAAUAAAAAUAUAAUGUCUGCUCACCCAGACUCUGAGGUUUUGGAGUGUGGAGGAAACGCAUGGUUGCCUGAUAGGUUGUUUCAUUAAAUCUUUUGUGUGUGAAUGAAAGAGCAGAUGCAUAUGACUCGUAUGCUGUUGUUGCUGAGUUUGAGAGUAUUUCGGUGCAGCUGUAAAAGUACAGAUGGAAAUUUCCAAGAUCAGUUUGAAUUGCUCACAUACACAUGGAUGCUGACGUCUCCCCAAACCAGCAGCCUGGGAGUUCUCAACACCGACUCUUGAGACCAACUCUGUCAGCUCAGGCAGGAAGACUACUGGGCAGCAAGGUGGGCGGUAAACCAAGAGAAUCCGUAAUCUGUCCCAAUUGGCCAAUGCCAGGAACACUCACUCUAGAUCUCCCACAACUGGACAGAGAGCCUGGAGAGAGAGAGAGAGAGAGAGAGAGAGAAUCUCUAUACAUCUCAGCAACUCCACCUCCCUACCCUGAAGUCUGCCCUGAUGCAGCACCGAGUACCCAGGUUGGCACAGCUGGUUGAGACCAACCCACUCUGCUCAUCCACCCAGGUCUCAGUGAUACAGACCAGACUGGUCUCCUCCUCCACAAUCAGAUCAUGGGUGAGGAAGGUCUUACUAUGAGCUGACUUGGCAUUCGACAACAACAGCUGCAGACCCGAGGACUGGCUGACCCACAAUUCGCCAGGUUGGAGCACGGGUAGGUACAUGGCACAGUCACCAACUACCUGUGCCUUGUGCCCCUUACCCAGCGUGCCCACCCGCUACACCAUACCUCUCCCUACUCUGAACCACUUUGCUAGCCUACCCUUGCUCUCCCUUGUUGCUCCCCCUCUCUUCCAAGGCACAUUCUACACCUUAAAAGAAAGAAAAAAUACCCAAAUUAAAAAAACCUACAGAUUAAAAGCUGUUUAGGCGCUGUGGGUUAAACCACAGAGCCUAGGACUUGCCGAUCAGAAGGUCAGCGGUUCUGAUCCCUGCGACGGGGUGAGCUCCCGUUGCUCGGUCCCUGCUCCUGCUAACCUAGCAGUUCGAAAGCACAAAGUGCAAGUAGAUAAAUAGGUACCGCUCCGGCGGGAAAGUAAACGGUGUUUCUGUGCACUGCUCUGGUUCUCCAGAAGCGGCAUAGUCAUGCUGGCCACAUGACCCAGAAGCUGUACGCCGGCUCCCUCGGCCAAUAAAGCGAGAUGAGCGCCACAAUCCCAGAGUCGGCCAUGACUGGACCUAAUGGUCAGGGGUCCCUUUACCUUUAAACAGUUGGGGCAGUAACACCAAUAGCAAGAGCCCCCAACAGGACCCCCUAGACACUGCCACAAUAAAAACACAUAAUGAGGAUUUUAUUUCUGUUUCGUUACUAAACGCAACAGAAUUAUUUCUGAGGUUUUCUGCCCAUCACUGGAAGACUGCGAUAGUUGUUUCUCUUGUGUGGGUUUUUGCAAUGAGAGAGAGAGAGAGAGUAUUGGUGUGUGGUUGUUUAAUUUGGGCUUACCUGUGUUCCAGAAAAGUAAUUAAGGCUAGUGUAAUGACAAUAUUGUGUUCAUUUCUGCCUCUCGCCUUCCUGAGGGUGUUUGUAACGCUGCUGGAUAUUAGCACCGAAAUGCUCAGAUCAGCCUUGGUAGAGUUGCUUUUGCAACUCGCUUUGACAUUCAGUUUUGAUUUUGUAGCCUGCAGAGAUAUUACAGUUUUAUGCGUACAAAUGAUAGGAAGGAAAUGCCAGCAACGUAUUGUAUGACUUUUCUUGCACCUCUGGGCAAAAAUAAUAUUACAGUGUUAAAAAGAGAGAGAGGGAGAGAAAGAAGCCCACUCCACUUUCUGACACCUCUUGUCUCACACACAUUUGAACCACUGUCCUCGGGAGUGAAGGAUCUAAUUAACACACAAGCCCCCAAGUUCCUGUGACAGCCCUGCUUUCAUUGCGACUUGUGAAGAAUCAAGAGUUCUACCCCACUACCUAGUCUUGAAAUUCAAGGGUGACUUUUUAAUGAAUAACCUAGGUACAGCAUUUCCCCUCGCUGUGGAAAUACUCAAAUAGCCCUUUUCAAAAACAAAAAAACGGAAACACCAUUGUAUUACACGUCUGGAAAAACCAUAUAUUUAAAUACUAGCUUAGAGGGAGUGCCACCUAUGGCACAGUGUCCCUUGAAUUAUUUUUGGGGAGCGGAUGCAUGAGGUUUGGAAGAAAUUAAGAAAUAUUACAUUCCUAGCUGGGGUCCAAAGAAGCUAUUAUAUCGAUAGAUAUUCCCUCAGAGUACUGCACACGUUCAUUCAAAGGUACUUUAAACAAAAUGUGAAGAGCAGUGCUCCUCAGCAUAAUAUGCAACUUGUACAUCACACUACUGAUUUAAAAUCCAUGUUGCUUUCUAAUAGGUUGGUGGUGAUGUGGGAAAUACUUUGUAUUGCAGUAAUUAAAAAUAAGAACCAGGAUGGGCUGCUAUGUUGGGGUGUUUGUGUGUUUUAUUUCAACCCCAGCUCUCCCAAUGCGUUAUUUACUUGAGUGAUAUCUACGAGUGCUGUUUGUUUUCUUUGUGGCAUUCUAUUUCAACAUAUUAUGAAAUUCAGAUAUAACUCUUAAUACCACUACACUGAAUUUUUAAGUAGUGUGCUCUGACGUCUGAUAAAGUUAUAAAGUUUAAAUUUCCUAAGGACUGCUUUAUGUUAAUUUUGGGAAGUGCAAUAAUAUUGCAACUGAAGGAGUCAUACGAAGUAGCUUUCUUGACUUUAAUUAUUAUUAUUUUGCAGGGUUUUUAAAAAUAAAAUAAAACUGAUUAUUUACUAAUACAGCCAGCCCUGCAUUUGAAAGUACGUUUGUGUGUGUGUGUUGUGUAAAUAAAUAGAUGGAGGUAAAUACUGUGUGCGGGUCAGGUGAAUAUUGACAAUCCCCAACAAAAUUUAUGAAUGCCACUAUUUUCUGGUAUAUGUUGCCACUUGCUGGAAGCUAAACUGGUGUAUGCCAGCAAACUCGGUGACUAACGGCAUUCAGUGAAGAUAUCUGUGCUGAUACUGACCAAACCUGUAACUUUAUAAUCUUGAUUUGCAGCUAAAUCUAUUUCUCAAAUGAUGGUAGCAAAGUAUUGCUAUCAAUAAUAGUAAUACCCUGCCCACCUGGGCAGCUUACAGUAUGUAUAAAAACAUAAUAAAACAUCAAACAUUAAAAACUUCCCGAUACAGGGCUGCCUUCAGAUGUCUUCUAAAAGUUGCGCAGUUCUUAACACCUUGACAUCUGAUGGCAGGGUGUUCCACAGGGAGGGUGCCACUGCCGAGAAGGCCCUCUGCCUGGUUUCCAAUUAAAAAUAUAAUUAAAAAGCAUGAUAUUGAGGAAGACUAGAAGGCUCAAAGACAUGUUUUUUGAGCACCACAGAGAGAGAGAGAGAGAGAGAGAGAGAGAGAGAGAGGAAAAUUAACUUCCAUACCCUCAGCCACUCUUCAGGACAGUGUAGUUAGCACUAUUGUUUGUUCUUGAAUAUUAUAAUGUUUGUUCCUCCUUUUGCUGGGCACGAAUUCAUUUCAGAAGCAAAUGAAUUGAAGAAGAAAUGUCUUCCUGCGACCACUUCAUAGAGUCCUGUAAUUUGACAUUCAUUUGUUUGUUUCCAACCUCAUCUGGCUCUCUUCCUCCCUCCCACUUUUUUUCCCUUUCCAUUGAGGACCAAGAUGAACUGGUCGCUGCAUCAUUGGGCCCAUUACACUUCCUAACAAUUCCAUUUACACCUUAUUGUUUGUCUUAUUGCUGGAAAAUUCAGGUGAUUCAUCAUGCCUGAGGAAGCACCUGAUCCCAUUUCCCUCGAUAUCGCAAUUGCUAUGUGACAGGAAUACAGUUAAGCGUUGGCUUCGAACCACCUAACCGUUCCAAGGUGAUAACUCUUUGGGGGCUUUUAGCCUCUCAAGUAUUGAUGAGUUCCAUUUUUCGUAAUGCUGUGUAUUCUUGCUUUCUUUCAACAGCCCUCUGAGCGAGGAAAAGGGUUUGGAGUUAAUAAAGCAAGUUGCUGCCCAGCUGAAACUGCAGAUGACGGCCUUUGCUGAUAUCAAGUAUGUGCACAAAGUCCAGCCCUUCUAUUAA